AUUAAUUUAUUUACUCGCUAUUAAUCAUCAAUUUUAUUAAUUUAUCCAAUCAAGCGCUAAAAAACACAGCCACCACCCCUCCAAUCCAACCCCACCCCAUUUGGCAGCGAUGUCACAUUUUACUAUCCCCACCUUGACACGUGCCACACUAGACUCUUGACAAGAGUACGCUCCCCUUUUCCUAUCUUGGCAAACAUCCGUUGACCCCCCCCCCCUUGUUGGGAGCGGCUGGUCACUUCAAAGUGCCCAUUCAACUCAACGCCUCGGGCAACGCUGUUCGUCUGGCACUAGCCUUUAUCAAGGUAUAAUCUCCCUUGAUGUACCCAGCUCUGAUAAUCUCCCCUUCAUAAUCCACCUGACCACCUGGGCUGAUUUCCUGGGCUUUCAACUCGCGCCUUCGCGCAAUGUCUAUCUCCCGGAAACUCUCGUCACGGUCAAGCGUGGACCCCCUUUGUCAAAGACGUCAAAUAGUCUAGACCACCUUUGCACCUAUCUCCCGCCACUCACCCCCCCCCCCUUGGCUAUCCACGUGUAUAUGGACAAACUUCAUCGUCCGAUCUCAUUCACGCUGGAGAGCCCACAGGGAGCACAUCUAUCUCUUGCUUGAGCUCUAGACUAUUUUCAUUCCCUUAUUUCACUUUGGAUUGGUGCUUUUAUCUAUAGGCUACAUCCGCCUGAAAUCUUAGCAACCUAAAGCUGAUAGCAGAUUUGCUGGCACCAGAUCUGUAGACAUCAGACCUACUCAUCCUUCAAGAGUCCAAGUAACAACGCUAGCCACAGACCCGUCACUGGCUUAACUGAUUGGUAGACGCAGCUUAGCUCUGCAACCAUACAAGUUGGACUGCACACGGAGCCUGGAUCCACUACGCCAGCCCACCAGCAGACAGCAUCAGUAUCAGCCACACCAGUCUCACCAGUGCAGCACAGGACCAAAAGCUAAGCAACCAGCCUAAUGACACUCAGACCACUUGGUUCUAAUAUCUGAUGAUGAUAGUCUCCUAUAUAUGUAAAUACGCUAGAUCCCAUACUAGCAACUGUACAGCAUUUCACCUUCCAUUAUCUUAUUUUGUAUAAUAAACUGUACAUAAGUUUACAUCUAAAUAUAGUAUUUGUUGCCUGCAUUAUAACGCUGUGCUUGUAGUUUAUAUGUGCAAGUAAGGAUUCUCAAACCAUAAAAAUCCCCUAGACACCCAAAACGGCCAAUAUCUUAAUCCGACUUGUCACAAUGGGGGCUCGUCCGGGAUUUACCCAACUAAUACUUCAAGCACAGCAGGCAACUUCCCAGUAUUUUAACUAUCAUCAUUGUUAGAGCACAAGACUAUAGAGUGUCAUUCAGAGCUAUUUUAUUUUUAUAAUUUUGUAUUGCUGUGAUUGUACUUCAUUUACAGGUUCUUAAGCACCAAACAAAGGUUAAUACCACCUUUCCUAUUACUCUUAAGUAAUUGCUUUCAGCAGCUCCGUCAUCGUCUCCACCUCUUACUCUACCUUCCGCUUUUCCCCCCUCAUUACCCACCACUCACCAUCCUAGCACCCCUCACCACCAUGGCCAGUGGCACACGCUCUAAAGCGGACUCUGACAUGAAACAAAAAAUAGCUGAACUCAGAGAACUCGCGGCCGUCAUAUAUGACGAUGAGGCAACGCAGAAAGAAUUUCUGAGGGCAGAAUUUGAGAAGGAGAAGAAAAGGGAACAUGAAAUAGCUAUGGAGAGAGAGAAAAGGGAAGCUGAAGUAGCCAUAGCCAAAGAGAAGGAAAAAAAGGAAGCUGAAAUAGCUAUAGCUAAAGAAAAGGAAAUCACGGAGCGAGAAAGGGAAAAACAAAUAACUGAGAGAGAGAGGAUAACCGCGGAGAAAGAGAACGGAACCGCCAGUCAAGCUUCCUCCGGAUCUCGCCCGGCUAGCCCUGCCUCCCAGCAAAGUUCCUCAAACGGCCUACCCCACAUGCCAAUGGAGCACUUCGACGACAAGACAGAGAACAUCGAAGUUUAUCUUGUCCAUUUCGAAGAAGUUGCGAGCUACUACGGUCUGCCAGAGGAGAAAUGGUGCUUCCGGCUAUCCCAAUGCCUCCGAGGCAAAGCCUACGAAGUUUACUCUAAACUUCCCUCCGGCCAGCGAGAAGACUACGCAGCCCUCAAACAGGCGCUACUCGUCCAAUUCGAGCUGACUGCCGAGGCUUACCAAAAGAAAUUCAGGACAUCCCGCCUAGAGCGCCGAGAGACCUACGGUAAUCUCUGCGACAGGUUGGACAAAUACCUGAAGAGGUGGCACACUCUCAGCGAACUGCCAGAGACCUUGGACGGCCUAAUGAGCCUCAUACUCGCAGAGCAGUUGCUAGAGUGCCUGCCGAACGAAGUCAAAAUCUUUGUUAGGGAGCAGCAAGCCGCUACACCAGCCGACAUAGCUUCAGCUGCAGACCGGUACGCGACUGCCCGCAAAGACGUUAAGGACAUCAAAAGCAAGACCUCAUCCUCGGACAAACCAGAGGACCAGCCAACUUCUUCCAACAAACACGCUCCUUCUAGCCAACCCGCUCCUUUUGCUAAACCUCAGCACCAAAAAGCACCAAUCCAACGACCAGCCACGCCUACUAGCUACGACAGACGAAGCCACCCGCCUCGACAUGGCCAGACCAAUAACCAUCACCGUGACCGGAACGGCACGAGUGACCACAGGCCCAAUCGACAGCAGCAGGCUCCACGUACUGUGUCAGCCAUGACUGAGCUCCCUGAACCCUCUUUGCAUAAUCAGCCAUCGCCUCUUGAUGAGGAAGAGGAGGACUAUUACGUCAUAUCAGCGCUGACCGUGGCCCCUGAACCCACUGCUUGUGGCCUUACCCAACCCUUACCCAACCGAUACUGCCUCACCCCACCUUAUCACCUCCUGGGGUAG